CCACCCGGCAGAUAGGGCCUGUGGGAGUGCCCGCCUCCUUCCAACCUCAUAAAAGCACCCCCAGGGUCCUGCCUGGGUCAGUGUCAAGGCCACGGCGGCAUCAUGGCAGACCGCUCCCUGCACCUCGUGGUUCUGAUCCUCCUCGGGACAGCCCUGUGUGCGGCACAGCCCCGUGGCCGGAUCCUGCGUGGCCAGGAGGCUCCAUCCCACUCCCGGCCCUACAUGGCAUCCGUGCAGGUGAACGGCAAGCACGUGUGUGGAGGCUUCCUGAUAGCAGAGCAGUGGGUGAUGAGCGCAGCGCACUGCCUGGAGGACGUGGCCGAUGGGAAGGUGCAGGUCCUCCUGGGCGCACACUCCCUGUCGCAGCCGGAGCCCUCCAAGCGCCUGUACGACGUGCUCCGCGCAGUGCCCCACCCGGGCAGCCGGCCAGAGACCAUCGACCACGACCUACUCCUGCUGCAGCUCUCUGAGAAAGCCGUGCUGGGCCCUGCCGUGCAGCUCCUGCCAUGGCAGCGCGAGGACCACGACGUGGCUGCGGGCACUCUCUGCGACGUGGCGGGCUGGGGCGUGGUCAGCCACACCGGCCGGAAACCCGACCGCCUGCAGCACCUACUCCUGCCGGUGCUCGACCGCGCCACCUGCAACCUGCGAACGUACCACGACGGCACCAUCACUGAGCGAAUGAUGUGCGCGGAGAGCAACCGCCGGGACACCUGCAAGGGCGACUCUGGAGGCCCGCUGGUGUGCGGCAGCGUGGCCGAGGGCGUGGUCACCUCGGGUUCGAGGGUCUGCGGCAACCGCAAGAAGCCCGGUAUCUACACGCGCUUGGCGAGCUAUGUGGCCUGGAUCGACGGCGUCAUGGCUGAGGGCGCAACCGCCUAAGGAGCCCCUGACAGGCUGCGGUUACGGGGCCCGAGCAAUAAAAUCAUCCAUUCCUGCA